AAACGAGAGCUGGCAAUCGAGCGCGCUGUGUGGGAGCACAUCUCUCCCGAAUUUCUAGGUCCCCAAGGACCACUGCCCGCGUGGACCAAAAGAGGACCCGGGAGGAGGGGACCCAACCCACAGCCCCCCGCAUUGCCCCCUGGAGGGCUGAGCAUCCCUCCCCUCGGGGCUCCAGCUAGGUUCUCCACGACGGGCUCGGGGCUCGGGGACUGCCUCGCCCCGCCCCUUUCGGGCCGCUGUGAAAACCCGGCCGGAUGGAUCGCCGAGGGCCGGCUUCCGCGCUCGCCCCAGCCGGGCUGCGCAGCCUGGCGGCCGGGGCUGCCCGGGCCCGAGUGUGAAAUACGGGACGGUAGGAAGCGGCAGCCUGCGAGUGGGCGGGGCCGAGGAGACCUAGGAGGGUUCAAAAGGAGGUGGAGGGAUACGCGGGCCGCGGUCGGAACUACUUUCAGGAGGAGGUCACGUGUGUUCCUAGUUGGGGAACUUUCCAAAUUCCCACUCCCCUAUGAUGGCUUGGGAGGCAAGUGCUUCGCCUCCUUCGCGCGGGGUGCUCCUGCCUGGUCCCGGUAGCGGGACCCCGAGCCUCCGGUCGCCGCGGAAGAGCAGGCUCAGACGGGCCUCCGGCCCAAGCACGGUCGGUGCUGGCGCCUGGGAAGCUGGUUACACAAGCACCCACAUUCAAGCAUGUGCCCCCGCCUCCCCGCACCGCUGGCCGCGGUCGCCGAUUCUCGCAGACCACCGAGGGAGAGCUCCUGAGCCGGUCCCACCCUUCGCGUGCUACCUGCCCAGGAAGCUAAAGGGCCAAGACCCGAGAUCGGAGCUCCGGGUCGGCCAACACUGCGCGUUCCCAACCGUGGGAGAACGGGCUGGGCCCCUGGGGUCUGGCAUCUCCCUCGCUAGCGCCCUGCCCCUUAGGGCGAACCCUUCCGCGCUGUGCUCACAGGGCAAAAGGGUAUCUGCUGCAGCAGCCCGCUGCUUGAAUUCACCAGUGUUGCAACAAACUUCCAGUCACUACCCCAGAGCUGGUGAGCGCGCCCCACCUACUGUAGACUCAGCCGAGUGACUUAUCUGGUCCGAGAACCUAGUCAAUGGCCGUCAGCCCAGAACAAACCUGUCAAGUCUGCCUACAGCCCCGAUUGGUUGACCUGUCCCCGUGAGAGAGCUGGUUCAGAAAUUCUGAGAACUGGAGCGCAUUGCCCUGACACUGAUCAGCUGCAAAGUGAGUUGUCCGGUUUCUGCUUGAAGAGAAUGAGCACCCCAUCAACAAGAAUCUAGGAAUUUCUUCCUUUUCCUUCCCCUGGGAAGUAGAACUCAAGCAGACAGUUGAGUCCAAAGUAUCGGAGUUGAAACCUAGGCUGAGGCGCUGGAUCGUUUUUCUUUUCUUUUUUUUUUUUUUUCUUUCUUUUUAAAAAUCUGGGAGAAUGGAACCAAUUUGCAUGUGUAUUGCAGUAAUUGUGAGUAGGUGCCUAGGAAGGUCUAAAAGGAUUUAUUCGGUGUGGGAGAAAGAAGAUUGCACAUCACGGUUGCAGGCAGCCCCUUUAAGACUAGAAACCCCAAGAGAGCUUGCUUAGAAGCCACAGGCCAUUACCUAAUUCCAGGACUACUAAUUAAACCAGGGAUAUUUACAGUGUUCUUACAGAUCUCUGAGGCUCCAUAACACUUUGCAUUUAUAUACAACAUCCUUUUAAGAUAGCUCUGCAGGAGUUAGCAACCUGCUGAAGCUUCAGUGUGGAUAUUCAUUGGAGGCUGUUUUCAUGCAUGGUCCUGGUCAGCUUGCAGGAGGUGGAGGCCACAAGUGGAAAAGGAAAGGGGGUGGGGUGGUAAUCUGGAAAGAGUAGGAGAAAGGCCUCCGUUUGGUUUCCAAAAAUGAAAAUCCUGUCCACACCACCUAGGUUGAGCCGGAGAUUUAUUUUACAAAUAACCAAUGAUAAGGAGUCCCUGAUUUCUAGGUGUUUCACAAGAUUGCAGGGUAAGAAACUGAGCUGUGUGUGCCCCCAUUGAGUAGCAAAUACCAGUUUGUGCGGAAAGGGAAAAUGAGGAGGACGGUAAAUGAAGGGAGAUAGAUUGGGAAGGGGUAAAAUGCCCCACCUUUCUUUCUCUGGUUGCUGGUCUUGUCUCCAGAGUCCCUGCUGUUAGCGUGCCCUACUUUGCCCCUCCCCUGGAGCCUACCCUGUGUAAGGAUUAGUCGCACAGCCUCUGCGAAGUUCUGAAAUCCACUUCCUGGGAAGGAAAUGGGUUCAUUCCUGCCCCCUUAGGCCUGAGGAGAGAGGAUGCUUUUCCAUUCCCAUGGCACAGAGUUAUUCCAGAGCAGAGAGAGUGUGCACCACCAGCACCAAAGUGUUGGAAUGUAAGACUGGCCCACGGCACUCCCACUAGCAGAGGGAAGAAAAUGGGACCUGAGUUUGUUUGCUGCCUCUCUGCACAUGCGGUCCCUCUACUUCUCUCUAGUGGUGAAUGAAAGGAUCACCGCUGUUGGCUGACAUCUGGCCAGCCUGACGGCAAUAUCAGGUAGUUACUAGGAGUCACUGCAUAAAAACCUCCACCCCUUCCCAGUGUUCAUUAAAUAGGCUCCUGAAGGAAAUUUUGUUUUCGAUUUUUAUUUUCCUUCACGUCUUCCUUCUACCCAAGAGAUCUCCUUACCCAAGUGGUAGAGCUGAAACCUCUAAAUAGCUGACCCUGGCUUAUAAUAUACAGAAAGCUUAAAAUCUAUAUGUUGUUUUUCAACUUCAAUUGCAAAGAGCUGCUUGGCUGUACAGAUGUUACAAUACAUUGGUUUCCAGGCACUUCAGUUCUUUACCUGUCUGGAUUCAGAAUGCCUUAGGGAGAAACAGAAGCUUGUAACAAAGGGAGAAUUAUAUAAAGCUUCAGGGAGACUGACUAUGUAGACUAAUUAGUAAACACGAUAAACCAGCUUUAAUUAUAGUUUCUAACAGCUGAUUCCAAAACUAUAUUGUUACUACACCCAAAGAAUGUCCAAAGAAAAUAGCUUUCUUAUUUUCUUUGAUAAAUGAAAUGACCAGCAACUUGAUGUGGCUGAUAUAAAUAGUUGAUAUGCUCUUUGUAGAUUCCACUGCUAAAAUGUCUUUUGUUGAACACUGAUCGCUAUAAUGCCUUUAACAUCUCCCACACAGUGACCUUUCAAAUAGAGAUCUAAAUCAAUGGCUUUAAUUUUUUAAGCAAUCUUUUCUAUUUUUAUUUGUUUUACCACGGUUUUCUGAAUAGUACAGAAUAGAAAAUAUAAUAAUUAUAGCUUUGAAUUUAAACCACCCUAUUUUUGCAAGGGUCCAAGUCUUCUCCCCUUAUUUCAUUUAUCCUCAUUACAAAUAUUGCUGUUCUUUUAAAUAAAGGCAUUUUACCCAAGACAGUUCUCCAGAAGGCACUACAAGUAACCAUAUCCUAAAAAAGAAUUUUCCAUUCUUGUCCAUAGGCUCUCCUGGAGCUCUUGCACAUGGGUCUCCUUUCACAUCGCAGUAGAGAGGUGUGCUAGAUGAAAUUCUCACUCUCACAGAAAUGAGGGUGGGGCUGAGAAUUCCUGAGAGAACCACAGAGCAGAAACAGGCACUCACUGUGUCCAAGUGGCAUUCAGAAAUUGUGACUCGGACCAGAGAGUGAUGGGAAAGAAAAGCCCUAACAUGAUCAAUCCGUUUUGACUGUUUUACUCUCCAUCCUGGCCCUGGCUAUUGGAUAUUCUGCCUUUAGUACUAACUCUAGCUGGAGUCCUAUGGAACACAUAUUCUGCUUUUCAGCUCUGCCAAUAAUAGAAAAAGGUAACAAUUUGUAUGUACCGGCAGGUAUCGGGGCAUUUGCCAGGUGCUUUCCAGAGGGACCUUCUUUCAUCUAGGCACAGGAGGGACAUGGAGAAGGACUCAGGGGUGCCCCGUGCCUCACUCCUACCAGUCCUUCCCUUAAGAGCAUCCUUGUGGCUUCUGAGGCAUCACAUUUUUUGAAAAACUAAGAGCACCUUUUUGAAAGAUAAAAUAAGUGGAGGCCUCUGAGUGGUUCAGUCUGUUAAGCAUCUGGCUUCAGCCUGGGUCUUGAUCUCACGGUUCGUGAGUUCGAGCCCUGCAUUGGGCUCUACGCUGGCAUCUCAGAGGCUGGAGCCUGCUUCGGGUUCUGUGUCUCCCUCUCUCUCUUCCCCUCCCCUGUUUGUCUCUGUCUCUUAAAAAUAAAUAAAUGGUAAAGAAAUUUUUCUGAAAGAUAAAAUGAGACAAACUCUGUUUAAAGUAUCUUUUUUUGUCUUUUUCAUGGUAUGGCAUCUUUUAUCUCCAUUCAUCCAUUUAAUUAUCCAGUCAACCAAUAUUUGGGAGUCUGUUAUGUGCUAGUUCUGUGCUAAGCUCUGUGGACAGAGCAAUGACUGUGGGUGGCAUAUGAGCUCCAGCUUUUAUGGAAUUUAGUCUCCUUGAAAACCUGGCUUCUUUAUCUGACACUGUUACAACCUCUUCACAGCCUGUGGAGUGAAGUGAAAGCAGUAGAAAAAAACCUGAUAUUUGAUAACGGCUUUAUUUACCUAUUGCCGCGUUGCAAACCACCGUGAGCUUAGUGGCUUCAAAGAACCACCACCCCUUACUUUCUCACAAUUCUACAAUUUGGAAAGGCGCAGCUGGGCCGUUCCUCUGCCUUCCCAUGCAGACAGUGUGGGGGAGGGGGCAGACGUGGGGGCCUUUAGCUGUGCAUCUGGCUGGGGCUGGAAUGGCCAAGACAGCUUCACCACCCCAGCUCCUUUAUGCUUCUUUACAGGUUGGGUCCCAAAAGAGAAAGCAGAAGCUACAAGGCUUCCGAAAGCAGGGGGUUCGGAAGUCCCGGAACGUCACUUUCAUGGCUCGCGGCCAGAGCAGGCCACAGGGCCAGCCCAGAUGCCAGGGGACAGCAAAGAGACCACCUGGAAUAGGAGGAAUUAUGGGCAUUCAUAUUGGGACACACUCCCAACAUAACAGUUCACACCCGCACACACCCCCACACGCUGACCUGCAAAAUCCGCCCCGUCCCUCCCCGGAAAUUGUCAUUCUGCGUAGCGCCGGCUCUGAGGACACGCGCUAGGCCCAGGUGUGGAUGAGGCAUUUUGGAUGCUGCUCCGCUUCUCUGGAGACCUGUGAGCUAAAAGGACCAGUUCUAUUCACAGCGGACAGUGCUGAGAUGGGGUAGGGUAACCAUGACACGAACUCGUGUCUGAGGCUGGCAACAGGGCAGGCACGA